GUAUUCAUCAAUCUUUUCCGGUAUUGAGAAGCCAAAAAAAAAUAAAAAAUGGUGGUUUCAAAAGUGUCAUCGUUUUGGUUUGCAUGCAUAAUAUGCAUAUUUGUGGUUGUGAUAACUCCUUGUUGUAAUGCCCAGAACUCACCUCAAGAUUACCUCGCCGUUCACAACGCCGCUCGCCAAGCCGUCGGCGUCGGGCCGAUGACAUGGGACAACAACGUGGCGGCGGUUGCCCAAAGCUACGCUAACAAGCGGGCCGGGGAUUGCAAACUCAUCCACUCUGGUGACCGGCGGUACGGAGAAAACCUAGCAUGGGGAAGCGGGGCCUUCAUGACGGGGAGGAGGGCGGUGGAGUUGUGGGUUGAUGAGAAGAAGUGGUACAACUACGCCACCAAUUCUUGCAACGCGCCGCCGGGGGAGUCGUGUGGGCACUACACGCAGGUGGUUUGGAGGAGCUCGACAAAGGUGGGGUGUGCUAGGAUUCAGUGCAGAAACAAUUUAGGAUACUUUGUUAUCUGCAACUAUUCUCCUCCCGGCAAUUAUGUCGGACAGAGACCAUACUGAUCAACUUACAGUCAUGUAAACCCUAAUAAACAAGUCGUACCGGUCUACCGGACGUACGUACGGCUUUCAUGAAAUUAAAUAAGCAGCCAUGCAUGCAUGCAUGCUUGAGCAAUAUAUAAUUAAACACCAUGUACUAUGGAGAAAACAAGGCCUAGAGGCUGCUAGCAGUGUAUGUAGACUUCAAAAGUGUAUGUUCUGAUCUUGUUAUCAACAUAAUAUAUAUAAUUUUCUUCUCUUUA